UUUUUGAUUGGACAUUGAACCUUUAGGAAAGUGUUAUUUAUCAAUCUGAUUACUCUGCUUGUAACUAAUCUUUGCUCUUGUUAACUGCUCCGUUUGCAACUUUUUGAUUGGAUAUCAAACAAGUUUUAUGAUUGGAUAGCAAAUCUUUAGGAUAAUGCUAUUUUUCAAUCUGAUUGCUCUUAAAAUACACCGUUUGCAGGAACAUAAACAACAUAUUUGUUUUAAGGCGUGUUAAAAGCUUGUGUUUUCAAUUCUUUAACAACCUUUUUAGGUAAAUUUAGUGACUUUUAUUUGUCAAUGUGGUUUGCGUAAAUGUUUGUUUAUAGUUUCCUAUAAUAUUACAUUGUUGAACACUAAAACACACAACAGAAAUCAACUCUGCUCAAACAUAAAGCACAGCUCUCAAAAGUUCCCUUGAGAAUGAACUUUUUUUCUAUGCUGAUUUUGUUGGUUUGUAUAGAACUCUUUCAAACGCAAGGACCACGUUUCGGACUAAAAAAAGACAGCAUACAAGUUAUAAAAACAAGUGCAGAACACUUCAAUGAAUGUAAUAAUUGUACUGAUGAUAAGUCAAUGAUUUUAAUGUAUAAUCAACUCAAAGAAUACCAAAAUUCAAAUUUAACAAGCUGCAACAUUUCUUAUACUAACUUGAGUGAAUGGUGUAUGCAAAGACUAAAGGUCAUGUUGAGCAAGAAAACUUCUGUUUGCAAAAUCUAUCCAGUCGAAUGUGAGUGCUUGAAAUCGUGUUACCGAAUGAAAUAAGUAACAUGGUGUGGUUUAAAUGAAAUGGAUAAAAGAGCUCUGCAUUAAUCUUUUCUUUAUACUAGAACCCGAAUACCGACAUGUUAACAUAGAUAUUAUUUGAUUAGAAUGUUUUAAAAACUUACUUUAUAUUAAAUUAUUUUGUAAUUAAACAAUAAUAUUUUUAUCAAGUAA